UGUAGAGCGGCGAAUGUUGCUAGCAAACAUUUAUGUUUUAUGUUAUUUCAAUUUCAGACAGUAUUUAGUUUCAACGAAGCUACGGCGAGUGUUUGUCAAUGUCGGAUUGUUUGCAUGGUUCUUGAAAAAAAAAAAUAUAGAAGAAUCUCUUUUUAUUUUCAUACAAUAUUUAACCAACAGUCAGGUCAGGUGUAUAUUUGUUAUUGUUUUGAUAAAUUAAGGAUACCUGCGUGUGUAUUUCUAUCUCUGUCUCCUCCUUGGUUGCAGGAUAUAUCUCGUGUCUGCAUGUAUAUUUUGUUAUAAACAAAACAAGUGAAAAUACCAUAGCAGCAGUUAUUCAAAUGGUGUGAAGUAUGCGUAUACCCAUCAGUUGGUUUGGAUUUAAGAAAAAAAUCGGAAAAGAAAUAUUUCAAUGAAGUGGCCUUUCAAUUUUUACCAGCGUUUUGUAUAAAAUGUGCACUUGACGACGAUAAGUAAACGUGGGAUUUCGGAUUUAUGCUUUCGGGAGCAACUCCUAUUGGUUUUACAUAAAUCUUUCUAAUUGUCUUUUAUAAAUAGAAUCAAAGAAAAAAACCCAUCUUCAAUACUAAUUAUAAUUUGUCUGCAAAAAAGGAAAAAAAUAGGUACAAAUCGAAGAGAGCUUGUCCGUGCGCUUAAAACGUCAGUAAUAAAAUCUAAUUUACGAUUUAUUGUACCUAUAGGUAAUAUUAAUGAAGUUGAAAGAAAAAAUAUGUUGAAAAAUUGAUGAAUCGAAUGAGAAAACGCAUUGAAAUGUCUCUAAUAAUAUAAUGUAAAAUAAAGUGAAGUGUUUGAUUUGUUGAAUUCGUAAUUCUUGAUUUAUUUAAUUCUAUGAAUGGUUUAGAAAUAAUGUCUUAUUUGAAAAAUAAAAAAUGACGCAGCAAAGUUAAUUCGAAUAGGAAGCGAAGGAUUCAUAGAGGAUAAGGAUAGCAUCAUCAUUCCCCUUAAGUAGUUAAAAAUUGGAUUAAAGAUUUAUUCCUGCUGCACCGAGUUCUUCGCCAGGAUAUAUACCUACCCACCUUCAGCAUUUUUUUUUUGCUAGACGCCAGCUUCGUUGUUGGAGCAAAACAAGGAUACUGGCUAAAUGGGACGAAGACCAUUUAAUCGAGUUUGCGCUAUAAGCUACCCCAGUCGGGUUGAGGGUUGGUUGGAUGUUUGUGAAAAUGAAGGCGAAAUAUCUAGAAAAAACAUAAUGCUGCCAUGGGGUCCACUUUACUGCGUACUUCAACAGGAUGAGCAAUCAUUCACUGCAUAUUGUAGUGAAGAAAUUUCGAUUUUUCCUGCGACUCCAAAUAAAGAGCUAACAGAUGUCCUUUUCAAUGAAUACCCAAGAGUCCGAUUAGAUCGUGUUCGAAGGCCGGCGAAAGCUCUGUGGAAAGGUCCUCCAACAGUUUGUGAAGAAACGGAAGAAUCCGAUGGUUGUCCAAUAGACAUUGCAGCAAAUACAACUCUCUACAGUGAUUUAGCAGCCGAAAGCAAUGUAAGGCGAACACAUUGAAUGAAAACAGAAUUGAAAACGCUGAUGUUUUAGGUUUGUAUUUAUAAGAUACAAUCGUUAUAUGAAUUUCAAAAGAUAUGAGUAUAUUUAAGGAAACCAAGCCAGGCACACUUCUUUUCAUCAGAAGUACAAAAACCAAUCUCAAUGUUUCUUCAAUGGAAAUUAUGAUUCAUGAAUGCUUAACGAAAAUCGCUCAUUAAAAAUAUGUUGAUGUGGAAGUCUUGCGAAUAAUUCAAAAUUUCCGAGGGAACUGGUAUGUAAAAGUACUCAAUUAGUUAAAAAAAAGUAUAACAUUGAGCACUCUGUAUUUUCACAAAAGUAAAAAGUAUCAACGCAAUUGGUUUAAUAAAAAAGAAUUUUGUUUUUUUUUUGUCCGUAAAGUAUUUAUUUGACUUAAAUCGAAUUCGUUGUUUUCUUAUAAAUUUUAAAGCUCCAAUUUGUGCAAAUUAUCUUUAAAAUAAACUUUUAU